AUGACAUAGAAUGAUUCUGAAGCCACGAAACUAACUAAUGAUAUCCUGACUGGAUCGAAGAAAAUAAAUAAAAAAUAAGGACACUGGAACGAAGCAGAACACAAGGCUUAUCUUAGCUUCCUUGAAGAAAACAACAAUCACACCAAAGGAUAAAGAUUAUUUAAGAAAAUGAGUUAAGUUGUAGGCACAAGAACUCCUAGUUAGUGUAGAUCGCAUCAUCAAAAAUUCAAUCCAUAAAAGCCACAUUGCCACUCAGAAACGGGUAUUUUAAGAUCAAAGCAAUACGCUAGAAAAUAUUUUGCUAAACAAAGAACUCUAGAACAUGAUAGUAAUUGA